GGCCUAUAAAGUUGAAUGGCUUGACCUCAGGUCUUGCCGUUAAAGAAAAUCACGUCAAUAAUAUUCUCUUGUUCACUAUGGAACUGUAUGGUCGCUGUGCUUUCUAUCGGGGGAUUUCAUGAUUGAACUGGAGCAAAGUUAAGAAGUUAGAAACACCGAUUGCAUCUGUAUGAUGUAAGGUGUGUGUGAAGGACCCUGGGGUUUUGUUGACAUGUGUUUAAAUUGAGAUCUACCCAAAGCCCAGAGACCAGUUCUCACAUGUUCUUCUGCCCGACUGAACAAGUCUUAAGCUUUUGGUUUUCACAGCCCUGAUGGAGGAUGAAAUGAACGUCACCUACAUUACUUUUACUGGCCACAUAAAUGUGCCGAGAUACAGAUACGUUUACUUUGUUGUCAUGCUGAUGCUCUACAUUCUGAUCAUCUUCUGCAAUUCAACGAUUGUGUGUCUCAUUGUGAUUAAGAAAAACCUGCACAAGCCGAUGUACGUUUUUAUCGCAGCCUUGUUAAUCAACUCCGUUCUUUACAGCACCGUGAUCCAUCCCAAGCUCCUCAUCGACUUCCUGUCGCCGAGACAGUUAACUACGUUUCACCCUUGUUUAUUUCAAGCGACCGUUUAUUACACUUUUUCAAUUUCAGAGUUCUUACUCUUGUCUGCCAUGGCCUAUGACAGGUACGUGUCCAUAUGUAAACCUCUGCAGUAUCAGAACAUCAUGAGAAGAUCCACCGUCGUAAUUUUUUUGCUUUCCGCCUGGAUUGUGCCUGCGUCUGAGCUCGGGAUCAUGUUCAUCUUGUACUUAAACAUCAAAGUCUGCCACUUUAGCCUUCGAGGGAUUUUUUGUAACACCACGAUUUACACACUCCAGUGUGUCAGGUCUGGAGUCACAUCUGUAUAUGGAGUGGUCAUCUUGCUGAACAUCUGCCUGCUUCCUGUUCUCUUCAUCCUCUUCACCUACACCAGGGUCCUCAUCGUCUCCAACAAAAGUUCUAGAAAAGUCCAGACUAAAGCUACUCAGACCUGUUUACCUCACAUGCUAGUUUUAAUCAACCUCUCUGUUUUUAUCACUUUGGAUGUUGUAGUCGUUAGAAUAGGAGCACAUUUACCCAAACUUGCCAAUUUAGUUCUUUCACUACAGAUGACGGUCAGUCACCCUCUGCUCAACCCCUUUAUCUACGGACUAAAGAUGAAGGAAAUUUCGAAACACCUUCAACGUCUACUGUUUCAGCUGAGAUCUCACCGAGAGGUCAACGCUAAAUCAAUGUGA